AGGAACCAGCGUGCCUGCUUAUUUCACAGUUCAUCAUUCACUCUGUUUGUAGUCAUUCACCACUACAGUAUUUUGGUUGUUUUGUUUACAUUUAAAUCAAGUGAAAGUAUCAAUUUUGGAUAAAAAAAUGGGUCAAUCGGACGAUAUUGAAGACUCUACUUACAGUAGACAUCAAGAUUUGUGCCAAAAACUUAAUAUGGAUGCAACGGCUGCAUCGGAAGCUUGGAAAUCUUACUCAACUAUUCGUCAAAAUUACACACUCGAGGGUGACCAAUUGCAUUGGAUUGGCUGCGCCUUAUACGUGGCCUGUCGUGAGUCCUCGACUCCCACUGUAGGAAAACCAGGCUCCAACGUCGAGGGUAAUUGUGUAUCCCUAACACAGCUUCUUCGACUCUGCAAUUUAUCUCUCAUCCAGUUUUUCAAUAAAUGCAAAUCAUGGGCAGACAUGGCAAAUAUGCCGCAGAGUUUUCGUUCAAAGAUCGAUAAAAUUGAACGAAAUUUUAAUGUUUCAAUGGUGAUUUUCAAAAAAUAUCAGCCAAUCUUUACUGAUAUAUUUAAAAAUCCAAGUGAGGACAGUUCAAAGCCUCCAAGACCACGCAGACACAAGGCAGUACCAUGCACACCAUCCAGAGCCUUUGAAUUCUGUUGGACACUGUUUAUCUACGUCAAAGGAGCAUUUCCAGAUAUUUCUGAUGAUCUUGUUAAUUCCUAUCAUUUGUUAUUAGUAUGCUGUGAUCUGGUCUAUAGCAAUGCAUUGCUUGCUAAUAGAAAAGACUUGUUGAAUCCCAAUUUUCCAGGCUUACCAUCUAACUUCACUGAUGAUAAUUCUCUUCCUCCCAAAACUGCAAAUUGCAUUGUACAUCUCUUGUGUGAGCGUCAUGAAGCUAUUGGAGUCGAGGCCAAGGUCAUUAAAGAAUAUACCCUGAGAAAUCACUUGAACAAGCUCUUUAAUGAACGAAUUCUUCGCGGAGAACAGUCCAAUUUUUCGGGCAUCCUAGAGGCUCUCAAUUUUGAUGGCAACAACAAGGCCAUCAAUAGAGCUUAUGAGCAACAUGUACUCAACGUUGGAGAUUUCGAUGAGAGAAUAUUUUUAGCCGAGUGGAGGAGAGUGAAACAUAUCGGAUUGUUGGGUAUGGAAAUUGUUGGCGAGGACAUUGCCACUCGGGCGAAAAUUCCGAGACAUUUGGCAAUCAGAGGGCCCAAUGCCAGUGAAAACAUUGGCUCUCCUGCUAAAAUGUUGAAUGUAACUGAUCUUCAUGAGCAAUGUCAAAUGAAACGAGAGCAAAUAAGAGAUCUGACACCACCAACCCCUCUAACUGGUCGAAAAUACCUGAGGACAAAGGACAUGACAAGUGUAACACCGGUAGCAACAGCAACUCAAAGUGUAAUUCGUCUUCAGGCACUUUUGGCUGGACGUCAACCAGCUCCAAGUGAGGUUCUACUCGAUAUGUUGAAAAGUUGUGCAACAGACGUUAGCAGUCUCGUUGAGAAUAAAGUGAAAGAAAUUGGAGAACGUUUCUGUGCUACAUACAGCCAGAAUUCCGACGAUGCUGAUACAUUGAAUCUUGAUUUUGGUAAAAAGAGACUGAUUCUCGCCCAGACCUUAUUUUAUAAGGUACUGGAGAUGAUUUUGACUGAUGAAAAGAGGAUUAAGCCUGAUUAUGACAUUACAAAUCUAUUGACCAAUGAGGUGUUUCUUCAAUGUCUCUUUGCAUGCUGUUUGGAAAUUGUCAUUUGGUCGUACAAGAAUAAAGAUCGAACUUUUCCUUGGAUUCUAAAUGCUCUCAAGGUUGAGCCCUACAAUUUCUAUAAAGUGAUAGAGAUAAUCGUUCGUGCCGAACAGCUAGCCAGAGACGUUGUCAAACACUUGAAUGACAUCGAAGAGAAGAUACUUGAGUCCCAGGCAUGGAAAUCCAACAGUCCUCUCUGGCAAGCAAUUGAAAAUACUCCUGGUGGUGUUCCAAGUUGUGAAGAGGUCUCUCUACCUGGUAUUUUAGAUUCAGUCGAUCCAAAUACACCAGGACAGCCAGCACUUCGAAGAUUUGCUUUGGACAGAGGUACAACUCAUCAUGAUGUACAUCAAAGUCCAAUAUCAACAGCAUCAGAGAGAUUUCAGUCGCCUGUUACAGCAUCGGGUGUGGUUAAAAAGCGUCUGUUCAAUGAUAAUAGCGGUCGAGUCAGUGGUCAGAGCCUUCUCAAAGAUAAAAUACCACAUAAAGUGAUGAUUGAUGGCAGUUCAAGAGUCUACUUGGCAGUUUCACAAUCAGAUCAGUCUAAUGCAAUUAGAGGAGAAAAUUCACUAACUCGUGACUCUUGUAAACCCCGAAAGACUGGUUCUGUUGCCCUCUUCUUUCGUAAAUUUUACAAUCUGGCAUCAAUUCGCAUGCAGAAUCUGUGCAACUCAUUGGCGGUGAAUGAUGUUGAUCUGAAGAAAAAAAUUUGGACCAUUUUUGAAUAUUCCAUCAAAGAGCGCACUGAACUCAUGAAAGACAGACAUCUUGAUCAAAUUCUCAUGUGCGCUGUUUAUGUUGUUUGUAAAUUAGCUCAAAUUGAGAGAAAUACCUUCACCGAAAUCAUGAGAUGCUACAGAUUUCAGCCACAAGCAGAGUCUCACAUAUACAGAUCGGUUUUGAUAUCCAAAGCCAAUACAAAUGACAGAAAUAUCAUUGAUAAUGAGCCCCAGAGCGUAAAUGGUAAUGUUGAUUCUACUGUUGAGAAUCAAAGUAGCAAUGCACCACCAACACCCUCCAAUAUGGCUGGCACAUCUCAAACAUUUGGCGAUGAAAUACGGGGUGAUUUAAUUAAAUUCUACAAUGCUGUCUAUGUACCCAAGGUCAAGGAAUUUGCUAUUCUAUCGCGUGGAAACAAUUCUACACUUCCAUUGAGUCCAUUGCCCAUGAGCAAGCCCUCGAUGAAUUCACCUGUGAGACGUGUCACUCCUAGUGUUGUCACACGAACUCUUGAUCCAAAAGCCGUCACUGCAUCAGUGGCUUCUGUAGCACCUCCACUCAGCUACUGCUUCAGUCGCAGUCCAGCAAAGGCUUUGGAGGCUAUCAAUAGGAUGAUGAUUUCCGUUGAUUCAAGAAAACCCGUUGGAAAACGACUGCUCUCAGACGAUAUGGAUGUGGACCAACAGCCCACUGAGAAUAGCUCCCCGACAAAGAAAAUUGCGACAGUCCCAUACCUAGCGAGAAAACUGGAGCAUAUUAUCGGGGAACGACGAACACAAAAUCAGUAAAAGUUGAAUUCAUCUUGACCGAUACCGCUUUAUACUAUUCAACAAUUUUUUUCUUUUUUUUUUCUCAAUCCAUGUAGCGCCACGAGGCCAUUAGCAUUAUGCAAAAUCAACUUGAUUGGCUCGAAUUAUUGUUGUACCGUUGCUGGAUUUAUUUAGUUGAAUUGAUGAAGGGGAAUAGGUGCUCUCCUUCGUGCGUCUUGUGACCAAUUGAUUUUUUUUUUCAUUUCUACUAGGAUAAAUGAAAAUUAGGGUGAAACAUGGAAUUGUUGUGAAAAAUAUGAAGAGCAAGAAAAAUAUUUUGCCUGCAACACUACUCUUGAUUGAUGAAUGUGAAUUAAUCACUGAAUAACUUUAAACAUUAUGGGUUACUUCGUGUACGACAUGUGGUGACACUGUACGCUAUUCUAAAAUGCAAUUUCAGACACUGUAAUUUUUUUUUCUUCUCUUCCUAUAUUUAGGAUGAUAGGUAUUUUCAAAAUUAUAUGUUAAAUAUUAUAUGUUGUUUUUGAUCUCAUAAUUGGCUUUCCAUUUUCCUUUAUUAAACAUGAAUGAUGAAAUAUAUCUCGUAAUGAACAGGGAAAAUUCAUUCUCGUGAUUUUCCAUAAUUAUUUUAUUUUGUUCUUCAUACAGUCUUCAAUGAAAACGCUGUAAAAUGUUUUAUCAGGAUAUAAUUAUAUUUGUUAUUAUUAGUUUGUACAUAGAGAAAGGCUUCAUAAUAAAUCACAUUAUAAAAAGA